GAAAACUCUAUAAAUAAGUGUGCGACGGUACCUUCCAUAAGCUUGCCCACUUCUCCUUUAUUUAUUUCUUCUUCAUUACAUUCUCUCUCUAAUCUCUAUCAUCAUCAUAUCCAAAAAGCAAUCAAUAGGACCCCUAGAAAUCCACCACAACUAUGGGUGGAUCUUCACUUCCUUCUCACAAUCUCACUCCUAAGUCCAUCAAGUUUCUCUGUAGCUACGGCGGCCGGAUUCUGCCCCGCCACUCCGACGGCAAGCUUCGUUAUCACGGCGGGGAAACCCGCGUGCUCUCCGUUGAUAGCUCUAUUUCCUUUUCCGAGUUGUUGGUGAAGAUGGGAGAGAUGUGUGGAUCAUCGGUGAGUUUGAGGUGCCAAUUGCCCGCGGAUGAUCUGGACGCUUUGAUAUCGAUAACCUCCGAUGAGGAUCUAGCCAAUCUCAUCGAGGAAUAUGAUCGUGCCGCGGCGGCGCCGUCUUCUUCCUUUAAGAUCAGAGCCUUCCUUUCCGCCCCCAAAACCAUCAAAAAGGUAUCUCCGCCUCCCUCCUCCGCCUGCUCCUUCAACAGCCACGCGUCUACGCCGAAAUCCCCCUUCGGCUUGUACUCCGGCGGCGGCGGUAUACCUCCUAGAUGCCCGUCCUCCGGCGGUCGGCCGUUCAAACGGAUCUCGUCAAAGCCGCCGGCGUAUCCUAUUAUUGGCCAGAAAGUUACCGGGAAAGUUCCUCAUCAGUUUGUGUAUCUGUAUCAAAUUGGGCAGGGAAAUGGUUGCCGCGUCGGUCGCCUCGUCCACAGCGGCAACCACUGGCAAUAGCCAGAAAUCAUUUAUGGAAUCUUCUUAUAUAUAUAGAAGUAGAAAGCUAUGGUAAAAAAUGUAGAUGUGAAUUAUGAUGAUGUCAGAUGCAUAGAUACGGAUGUAGUAGUAUAUGAUCAAGAAGGGGAUCCUAUUUUUAUUGAUCCCCGAUCGGCGAUCUUCGUGCCAAAAUUUAUGGAAAUUUUAUGCCUAUUUUCGCUUUC